UUUUACAGCACUGAAAUGUUUACAUUUUUCUGUGUUGGCAAGCAAAUUAUAUCAAAAAAUUAGAAAAAAUCUUAAAUUUAAUAACAAAAAUUUGCGAAAGGAUCAGUUUUCGUUCGCUGAUUUUUCUCAGCCAUGAGCAGCAGGCCUACAAUAUCCUGUGUUAAGUGGGUGGAUUUCAGUGAUCACAUGGUGAGCAUCUUCCUGGAUGUGUACGCGAAUGAACAUUACUCGGAUGUGGCGCUCAUCACGUCGGAUGGCGAUCAACAGCUGACGGCCAGUCGGAUGGUCCUGUCCAUGGCUUCCAAGUUCUUUGAGAACAUUUUCCGAACCGCUCUCAGCACGAUACCAUCGUCCAUUCACCACAUAAAUGGAGGCGCUGGCCGAACGGAUAUCAGUGCACCGGAUGUGGUCGUUAUGGUUCCCGAUGUAAGUUUCACCAUCCUGAAGCACGUCUUGCAUUUCAUCUACACCGGAGAGGUGCACGUCAAUGCCCGGGAAAUGUCGGACUUUUUCGAAGCGUGUCAGCUGUUCCAGCUGAAGGGACUGGAGUACACGAACGGGAAUGUCAACGGAGUGAAGAUUGCCGGAUCGAACAUCAUCACCCCGGAUCAGUACGAGUAUGAGGAGCUGCAGGACGCGUCGUCAUUCGGCGACGAGGGCGCUGUGGAACAAGCUGGAAGUGGGAUCAUGGAACAGACGAUCGACGCGGAGGAGGUCAGCGGUAGCGAGGGGGUGUUUCAUGUGGAGGAAGAUUUGCAGAAGCAUGGCAACGAAACGGAAACCGAAGGCGAAGGGAUCAAUCAGUAUUACGAGAUGGACGUGAGCAUAGUCGACAUGGAUUCAGUGAACAGCAACCAGGAGAGUAACGAUCAAACGCUGAUGAUAACGAAAGAACAGUUGGCCGACGCUGAACAUCAAUCACAGAUUUCGGACGAUGCUGAGACGAGUGGAGAAUCAUCUGGGAUGUUCAAAAAGCGGUUGAAAAAUGUCGAAUAUGGAGAGAAGCUAGACGAGGCCAUCCAGACGAUCAUUCACGGGGGUGCCAGUUUCCGGACAGCAUCCAUACAGUAUGGUAUUCCGAAAACGGUUCUUUGGCGAAAGGCGGUCAAAGCGCCUAAUUAUAAAGCGGAUCGAUUCGAGCUCCCUUCGCCCAGGAAAGAAGCCAUCGAAGCGUUGAAAUCCGGCGAAAAGUUAUUGAACAUCAGCAAACGGUUCGACAUACCAUUGUCAACGCUGCAUCGCGAUAAGUUAAGACUGUUCAGUGAAGGCGCCCUGCCGGAAAAUGUCAUACUAAAGCAGAGGGAUAAGGGUUCGGAUUUCAAGGUUCGUGUCCUCGAAGCGGCUCAACAAUGUUUGGCGGGCGCCAUGUCUCAAUCGGAAGCGGCCAAGUUCUAUCAGCUACCGAAGACCACCAUCUGGAGGAAGAUUAGAGCGCUGCGGGCAAGCGAAGGUGGCCAAAUGGAUGCCAGUGAAGGCAGUUCGGACAUGGCAGCGGAUAUGAUGAACGUGAAACCGGAACUGGUGGAUGUGCUGGAUAGUGGCGACGAUGGUACGCUAGAACAGGAUGAACAACUCGAAGCGGACUUUGUGGCAGAUGUUGCACUGCCACGGUUGCGACGGGACGUGCGCCUCCAUGUGAUCUCGGAGCUGCGCCGCGGAAGAGUUGUGUUUAUUGCAGAUGGUGCACACGAAGAGAUCCGUGUGGACGUUGCGAUGGGUGAUGAGCUGUUGCUCUUGCAGGAACUGCUCGGGACACUCCGGACAGCGAUCUCUUCAUUUACCGUUUCGUCAGGUUCCCCUCCGUCAACAGCCGGACUAACCUCUCUCGAUCCAUGUCCCGGCAUCACUUCGUCUGGAAUCUCUUCCUUCGUCUCCACCAGCACGGCCUCAACUUUCAUUUCCAUCACGGCCGAUUCACAUUCCUGCCGCGCGAACGUCAUCAGCUCUCUGAAGUCCAUCUCCUGCUGUAGGGUCUCCCGGGCCCAAGACUUCAGGACAUCCACCUUCACCAGGCAGCGUUCGCAAAUUUCCGUCAGAAAAUCAUCCAUCGUCAGCGACACCUUCAUCACCGCCCGAAUGGUGCUGCUCAGCGACACGUGUUCCAUCUUGCCGGUUUUGGGGAACAUGUGGGACCGCUGCUCGAACCGGAGGCACAACCUACAGCUGGAUACGUCCACGAUCUCUCUUGUUCCUUCUUUUCCGUUCCCAGGUGGGCAAUGGACUGUAAUCGAUACGAAUUAUUCGAGGUUCGGUAUCGCGUCGUGUCAGACAAGCUUAGGACUCCAGCAGCAGCAUGCCCAGGCACAGGCUCAGGCGGCGCAGCAGCAUGCGGCCGCAGCCGCCGCCCAGCAGCAACACCAUCAGCAGCAACAACAGGCCGCCCAGGCAGCGCAAGCCGCGGCGGCAGCUAGUCAGCAGGCCCAAGCGCAACAGCAAGCGGCGGCGGCGGCAGCGGCAGCAGCUGCAGCCCAGCAUCAUCAGGCGCAGCAGCAACAGCAACAACAGGGUGAUAGUCAAUCGUUGAGCAGCAAUGCUGGUGGAGGCGCCAACAGCAACAGUAGUAACCCGCUUUCGAAUGCUUCGACCACCAACUCGAACGCUCCGACGCCGCAGCCUACUACGCCAGUACAAAUCUACCAGCAUCCGUUCUCGCCGCAGAUUAUCUCGGUCAAUCCGAACAACAUGGUCAACAGCUACAGCUCGUCCAACAUUUCGACGCCAACGUCACCGCAGGGCGGUAGUGAUUCAGUGGCGGCUGUUGCAGCGGCAGCAAUGGUCCAGAGUGUCUACAGUCAUCCAGCGAACGCCAAUCAAACCACAAUUGGAACCACCAGUGCGAGCGGGACAACGACCAUCCAGCCGGUCAAACGGAAAAGAUCCGUCAACCCGCAAGGCGACGAGAACUUCCUGCGAGCACUUGAGGCCGUCCGUUUCGGUGGAAUCGGUUUUUGCAAGGCCGCUCGGCUAUACGGGGUGAACAACCGAACUCUCUGGUUAGAAUACAAAAAGCGCGGCUACCCGAUCAGUAGGCCUAGCAUAAAAAGUAGGAUAAAGCUAGAGCCAAACAUUUCACCGCCGCCUUCGACAACGCCGACUGGUGACGAAAACGCUUCGCUGGAACACUACGACACCUCGCUCUCCUCUCCUGCGCUGAAUAUGUCCCUGCAGCAGCAGCACCAGCAACAGCAACAACAGCAGCAACAAGCCCAGCAGCAGGCACAGGCAGCCCAACAGCAACAACAAGCAGCCCAGCAGCAGCAACAGCAGCAAGCCCAACAGCAGCAGCAGCAGCAAACGCAACACCAAACGACGAACGAGAACGCGGCGACGGCGGCGGCAGCGGCAGCAGCUGCGGCCGCAGUGGCCGCCUCGUCCGCCACCGGCGCUCCGCUAAUGUGUCCUCCGCAUGCGCACCCGAUGGGCGUGAUGGGCUUCCUGGACACACGGCACGUGGACUUUACGACGGCAGCCGCCGCCGGAAUACACCAGAUGUCGCGCCAGCGGUACCCGGACACGACCACGGUCAACAUGAACACCGGGGCGGUCAACUUGCAGGGUUUGAACUUCAACUCGAUGUAAGAAGCAGGCGGUUCCUCCGCCGGAUCGCCGCGGUGGACGCGCGAUGGCUAGGUUUAGGGCAACAACAACGGUGGAAAGGGUGGACCUGGGACUGGGGCGAUUCGGGGUGAAAGAUGAGCGAUGGAGAAUGGGUUUGAGGAGGGAAUUAGGAUCAGGGUAGAUUCGUUUGUGGAUGGGAUGAAGAUUGGGAAAUAUUGUGAUAUAAUGUUCAUGUUUUACGAUUAGACUAUUUUUAAUGCUUUUUAUAAGGGUGCUAUUACGUCAGAUCUCAGUAUUUUGCACAGCAUCGAUGUUAUUCUUUUAAACAACUGACUAAACUUGAAAAAGUUUGUAUACAUUUAUACUAAACUUCAAAUAGAGUUAUAGCGAUCGCUUGUAUAUUUGCAUGUCUGUAUGUCGUUACACUGAAAUAAAUUUAAUAAAUUACUUUCUUGGAAUGAUUAUCUAGUGGAUUUACGGCAUACCCUUCGGAUCCUGUGGGAAGCGAUUCCAUUCACCAUUUUUAGCCCUGUGCUAGUUCAUCUCAGGCCUACGGCUACACUUUUCUUCCGAAGAAAGUACUCACAUUAGUAGACUAAAAAAAAAGGUGGAAAAAGCUUAAACUUGGAUGGGCAGAAGAUUGAACUAUCAGUGUUAUUUCGAAGUGAUCAGUCCUGGGAAAAAUCGGUGAGACAUUAUGAUCCAGAGCUCCGUGAUCGAUCGUAUUCUACACUAAUGGUUUUUAAUUGAAGUAUCAUGUUGGCGCAAGUACCACUGGCCUAGGGAUUUCCAAUUCCAGUACUCAGCUGGCAAGAGAAGAGGUCAAGAAAAAAUCGACAAUGAUUUUCCAUAAGGUCCUAACUGACUUGAUCGAUUUCUCUUCGUCGACUCUCUCUUUCGCUAAUAACUUGAUCAAAACAAACAAAAUCAUUAUUCUUUUUGUUUCUAUAGCAACAUGCAGUCGUCUUCUUCACAUUUCAACCAAAAAAUCUUUGGAAAACUCAAUACACAUUCUGUGAGAACACAAAUAGAGGAUCGAUAAAGAGAACUCGAAAAUGUCAGUAAGGCCCAAAUGAAAAAUCAGUGUCGAAAUAUGCUUUUUUACCAAAGUAAUUUUGACAAUCGAGCUUGAGAUGAACAGCAGUAUAAGAAGAAAAUAGUCGAUGAAACUCUGACCAAAACAAACGCCGUGAUGUUUAUCAACAAUCAAUCUAUAGCGAAAAAGAGAAUCGACGUAGAGAAAUGGAUUUUAACAAGAGUUCUUCCGGGAUUCCUCCAAGAUUUUCCUUGGGAUACAUCCAGGAAUUACAUCAGAAAUUGCUUGAGGAUUUCUUUCCUUCGUUUCUCCAAAAAUUCAUUCUUUAUUUCUCGAGAAAUUCCUUCCGGGAAUCCCAUUGAGAUUUAUCCAGGAAUAUCAACUGUUUUUUUUCAGGAAAUCGUAGCGGGAUUCUUCUUCCCUUCGGUUUUUCUUCAGGAAUUCCCUCCCGAAAUCCUCUAAGAAUUCGCUUCAGGAUUGUUUCAGCAAUGUCCUCCAGGAUUCCUUCAGGAAUUUCCUCCGGGAUUCAUUGAGAAAAUUUUGACCAAAUUCCUUCAGGAAUUCCUUUCUCCAGGAAAUUCUUGCUGAAUUCUUCCAGGAAUUCUUUCUGGGAUUUCUCCAGGGAUUCCCUCCGGAUCCGAGAUUCAUCAAAAUAUUUUUCCUGGGAUUCCUCGAGUAAUACUAUCUGGGAUAUCUCCAGAAAUAACUGCUGGGAUUCCUGCGGGAAUUCCUCCAGGAAUUCCUUUAGGAAUUUCUCCAGAGAUUCCGCAGGAGAAUUUAGUGCAAGUUGCUUCGGGGAAUUCUUCAGGUAUUUCUGGGUGUUAUUCUUCAGGAAUUCCUUCUAGCAUUCCUCUAGUAAUUCCCGUAGGAAUUCCUCCGGGGAUUCAUCCAGAAAUUCCUCCGGGGAUUCCACCAGACAUUCCUCCGGGGAUUCCUCCAGGGAUUCCUCCGGGGAUUCCUCCAGGAAUUCUUCCGGGGAUUCCUCCAGGAAUUCCUCCGGGGAUUCCUCCAGGAAUUCGUCCGGAGAUUCCUCCAGGAAUUCGUCCGGAGAUUCCUUCAGGAAUUCGUCCGGAGAUUCCUCCAGGAAUUCGUCCGGAGAUUCCUCCAGGAAUUUGUCCGGAGAUUCCUCCAGGAAUUCCUCCGGGGAUUCCUCCAGAAAUUCCUCCAGGAAUUCCUCCGGGGAUUCCUCCAGGAAUUCCUCCAGGGAUUCAUCCAGGAAUUCCUCCAGCAAUUCCUCCAGUAAUUCCUCUAGCAAUUCCUCCAGGAAUUCCUCCGGGGAUUCCUCCAGGAAUAUAUCCUACAGAAAUAUAUUCUACAAAAAUUACUCAGGAAAUUCCUCCAGGAAUCCCUCUAGGGAUUUUUUCAAGAAUUUCUUCAGGGAAUCUUCGAGAAAUUCCUGCAAGGAUUCCUCCGGGGUAUAUUUCAGAAACUUCGCCGGGAACUACUUCAGAAAUUCCUCGGGGAAUCGCUCCAUCUAUUCCUACAAGAAUUCCUCUGGGGAUUCCUCCAGAAAUUCCUCCGGGAUCGUGAAAAGAACAAUAGAUGUUUUACUCGAUUACACCAGAUUGAAGAGGCACGUUAGCCAGAUGAACAUCACGGAUGGUCGACAAUGCGUUCUAAGCAUUACAGAAGAAAAGAGGUAUUUGCUUCCUCAUACGACACACGAUCCACUUUCGGAAUAAUCUUUACAGUAAUAUCCCGCCAGGAUUUGGGAAUAUACUCUGUAGCAAAACUGCAAACAAGUAGUUUUCUCAAAACAUGUUUGAAAUAUUUAAUCAAACCCCGUAGCUAGUUUGGAAAGAUCACGAACCGGUGCAAGUCUCGAUCUGGGGAACGCUCGCAUAGUGACCGAUAGGCCCGUCUUCAAGUAGCAGUAAUUUGCCAAAUAUUUAAUAAUUUUUGGUCUUUUAAAUCUUAAACAUAGAAUCGAAUGAACUCAAACCAAUCCCGUCUUUUCCUGAUUUCCGUACAGAUGUUCAGGUAUUUAGUAGAUGGAAAAUCCCCUUCUAUUGUCCACGUCAAGGUCCACCCUCGAAACCGCUCAAGUGAUAUUUGUUAGCAUAUUGAUGAUAACGCAAACGUAGAACCCUGUGUCGGCACUACUGGCUGACAGCCGGUGAAAUGGUGUUGUAAACUAGGAUCAACCUCAUUACGACGAUCCACACAAUUAAAGCAUUCAGGCUUAGGUACUUUCCGCUCGAAGAAAGUUGGAAAUGCAUUCAAUCACCACGACUAUUGUACUAUAGAUUCCAUAUAGACAGAAAACAUAAACGAGGCAGUACCAAAUCAGAGAACAACCGGAAAACCGUAUGGAAGCUUAAUGUUUCAUUUUGUAGAAAACGAAGCGCAGCAGUCAAAAUUUAUAUAGGCAAUGCCAUAUUUAUCAUCGUAUGUAUAUGUCAGCAAUAGGGGAAAAAUGCGGUGGAAUAGUCUUGCUUUGUUGCUUGUGUUUUCACUUUGAUGGUGAGCCCCUUCCAUAUAGUUUUAUUUAUUCCAGUUUUGAUUUCGAACCGUAUCGUGUUCGUAAGCCCAGUGAAUCCUUCCGAUCGCGUUUUUUUUUUUUUCAUUCACAGAGUUAUUCAAACAGGUAUGUCUUUUCGUUUGGUGUUUCGUCGAUCGUGAAACGGUAGAUUUCCAUGAUGUCUUAGUUGUUGUAAUGUUCACAAAUACCUUUACGUUGAUCAACUCUAUCUGUGUAAGCAUAAUCUAGAAAAAAUAAGCUAUGUGCAAUAAAUGAGAUUAUUUCGAGUGUUUUUCUUUCGUUUUGAAAUACUGUGUCUCAUUCAGUUUUAAUAGGUUUUGUUUAUUUUUUGGCAAAACUCUAGUAUAAACGUCGACGAUUCUACCGUAACUUGCAUUCCUAAAUCAGCAGGGCUCUACCGUGUUUCCGUAUCUAAAUAUUCGGGCACAUCUUGAACAUACGGAACAGCGUUUUGUAAUCAUGUCGAUUGACAGGCAUUUCCAUUCUCGGGGAUGUUUUGAUUAUCGGUCAAAUCAUGGCUGAACAAAAUUGAUCGAUAGUGAAACAUUUCCCGGAAUAAUCACAAAUAGCAAAAAAAUUGAACUACUUUUGUACAUUUACACUGUCACACUGUGAACCGGUGUGCAGGACCAUCCUAAGAACCACACAAUAGUUUUGUUUCCUUUUCUAGCAUCAAUUUAGCACGAAAUGAAAAAAUAAAAUGUAAAAAGUGGAACCUAUAAAUUCCUUAGAAACUAGUGUUUAACUCAUGAGAGUCAACCAGAUUAGAUGCACUGAGUGACGGACGACAGUGACGAGUUGUAAUCAGCGUAAAAUUAGACAAAGGAAAAAAAACCUAGGACGGAUGGUGUGUAACUGUGUACAUUCUACACCACCCUCUCGAACAUAAAAAUUACGCAACUGUAGUGAAAACUAGUAUUUUUGUUAACUCUUUUUUAGCAAUUUAAAUACAUGUGUAUAUUUAACUAAAUUAAAUUAAAUCUAAUGGUAAGGAGUAACUUUUAAUGUCAGUGCAAAGUAGAAUGAUGUUUCCGAACAGCAAAACUAUGUGGUGGUGUAGAAGGACAGGAAAAAAGUGCAGUGAAAAAGUUGAACUAUAUAGUUUUUAAGAAGAAAAUAUCAAUAGCUGAAAAGGAGGAAAACUGGAAAAAAGAAACUGCAAAUAUAAUGGAAAUUAUUAAAAAAACAACUGAUGGUAAUGAAAGUACUUUAAGAAUGUAUAGAAUCAAUAUCUUCUUAAAUAAGUUUAAAUAUAAAUGAAAGAAAAUGCGGAAUGACACAUACAUCCACACACACAUUGUAAACUUACUUAAAACCGAAGUAAAUUCGAGCAAAUCUUGAACGAUAUGAAAAUCAACUCACGACGGACAUCCAAUGAAAAAGCAAGUAUUUACUUAUGUGAAUAAUAAAAUUAAUUUAAUGAAAAUCUAAUAAAACACAAUGAAAAUCA